UCUGCAGUAGCCCUCCUGCACACCAGCCCAGCCCCAGCAGAGCUGCUGGCACCAUGAAGGACGAGGUGGCUCUUCUGGCCACUGUCACCCUCCUGGGAGUCCUGCUGCAAGCCUACUUCUCCCUGAAGGUGAUCCGGGCGCGCCGUACCUUCCGCGUGUCACCGCCGCUCACCACCGGCCCACCCGAGUUUGAGCGUGUCUUUCGAGCCCAGGUGAACUGCAGCGAAUACUUCCCGCUGUUCCUCGCCACGCUCUGGGUCGCCGGAGUCUUUUUCCACCAAGGGGCGGCGGCCCUGUGCGGCCUGGUCUACCUGUUCGCACGCCUCCGCUACUUCCACGGCUAUGCGCGCUCCGCACAGCUCAGGCUGGCCCCGCUCUACUUGAGCGCGCGCGCGCUCUGGCUGCUCGUGACGCUGGCGGCGCUCGGCCUGCUCGGCCACUUCCUCCCCGCGCUGCGCGCGGCGCUCCUGCGGCGGCUGCGGACGCUGCUGCUGGGCGCCUGAGCCCCAGGACGCCGCGGGAUCUGAGG